UGAAUUGAAUCUUUUGUCUUCGUCAUACGUGCCAUAGCUUUGUUUACAGCUGAUCACCAUGCGUAGUAUACAACUGAUAUAAAAAAAAUUGUUAAGUAUGUCUAGUUCCGGAGCAAGUGAUGUUGACGAGUUACGAGAAUUAGGAAUUAAAGGUUCGUAUGUGCAUCCGUAUCAGUAUGAACCAACAGUUCUCCCGGGAAGAGUUAUUUCCGAGUCGGAAAGUGACACUGACAGUGAUAGCAAGUUGGAUGCAUCGGACGACGAUAUGCCAUUGCCGGGAUUAGAAACAGAAGUAGAUGUCAUUAGCUUAUGGUGUUCAUGUAGCAGAUGUUCAGCAAUGCCAACAAGGAGAGAGUGCAAAUGUUGCAGGAAUACUAAUGUUGUGGACAGUAAAGUAGAGGAAGCUGACUUGAAAUGUAUUACAGAGCAUGAAGGAUUUCAAGUAAACUGUCUGAACCAGUACGUUUUAGAGACAACAUAUUAUGAAUAUGUUCAGGAUAAUGGACCAUUAGAGGACAAUGCCAUGAUUCAUGAGACUUAUCGAUAUUUGGCUUACAGAAGGUUUGUAAGAUGUGUUUGGCACAAACUGGGAAAGAAAAACAGAAGGAUUUUGCCAUCAUGUGUUGUUACCGCCAUUAGAGGUGCAUUUCCAUCACAGGAAUACUGUGGGUUCAAAUAUCCAAAAUAAAAAUAUAAACACUU